AGGUCAGAAAUGAGAUUGAGCAGUGCUCUCCACAAACUAUUAUGGCCAAAAGAGUGAAUGAAAUUACAGCCGGGCUUAAAAACAUUGAGACUCAGUUAACCGUAAAAAACUGAAAAUAUCUUCCAGGCUAAAGAACUUCAGAAGAACGUCUGGGAUGAAGUGGAUAGUUGGCACUCAAAGCUGCAUGCACUGGAGUCAGAAGUUCAGGACAUGGCAGAAGAGGACCCUAACCUUGCUCAGGAGUGGAUGGAUAAACUGACUGAACCAUUCAACUAUUACCAGCAAGUCACCUGCCUUGCUGAACGUAGAACUGCUGACCUGAACAAGGCGACUAGCAAGCUCGAAGAAUAUGAAGACACUUUGAAAAGUACAAAAUUGUGGAUCCAGAAUACAGAUGGCUUGAUAAAUGCAGAGUUGAAGGAUUGUUCUGCCAGGGUCCUAAGUAAACACCUUAAUGCUCUAGUGAUUGCACUGGAGGAUUCUGAGGGAAAACUCCUCCUCCUGGACAUCAUCAGCUCUGAGCUCGGGGAACUUUCUGUCAUCUGCGAGACAGAUAAGAUUGUAGAAAGCCUCAGUGAAGUAAAAAACCAAGUGAAGGAUAUUCAGCAAAGAAUUUACAAUGUUCUCCCACAAAUCCAACAUUUGGCAAAUGAGGUUGUUACUAUUGAGAAUGAAGUCAAAAAGAUGGAAAAGAGACUGGGUUCAAUUAGAACUAUUUUGACAUCAAGUGAUAUUGAUGAUAUGUCACCUAAAGAGCACCACAUGAAUGGCCAGGUAAUCCUGGAAAAUAUAGACUCCAUUAGAGGGACUGUUGCAGAUAUAGAAGCCUAUAGACCUGCUCUUCCAUUAUCAGCCUCUGGAGUGCGGUCACUUUGCGUAUUCAGGAGAAUGGGUCGACUCUUGAGAGAGGCUGAAGUGCUGGAAAAGGUUACCAAGGAGCAGAAUAAGCUUUUAGAGCCAAUCAUUGGUGAAAUGUUAGACCUGGAACAAGAGCAAGAAAAGCUAAAACAAAUCUCAAAGAACUUUACGUAUGAAACUCCUGAUAUAAAGGAUAGGAAUGAAGAAUUGAGGACAUUAAUGGAUGGAUUAAAGCAGAAGAAGGAAGGGGUUUUACUUUCUCAGAGAAGCUCAGUUAUUGACCAACUGGUGCGUUUACAACAGGAACCAGAGGACCUGGAUUUGGCAGCUCUUUUGUCCCCAGUAAUUGAAGGAGUAGACAGUUUAAGCGAGGAGAUGCACUGGAAUGAUCCCUGUGUGCUUUGCCAUCACUAGUCGAGGAGGUGGAAGAAUACUCACUAACUACAGAGGCAGCAGACAAAGUGGCAGUUGUCAGUGAAGCAGUUGACCUUGACGUGGAGGCUAAUGAAGAAGCAGGCGAUGACUUUAUUUCUCCAGUUACAUUGGAUCAAGUGACCCAGGAGCAGCUGGAAAAUGCCGCCACUGCGUCGGGCAGCGAGAUGCCGGAGAUGAUCCUGCGUGAUUGUCAGGGGAAGAUAACAGAGGUGGAGCUCUGGCUUCAAAGAGUAAACCUGUCAUUAGCAGAGAGGAAACAAGAGCCAGAUAUGAGACACAGCUUAGAACAGAAGCUUAUAGACUUUCAGAAAACUUUACAAGAAACAGAAAAGAAAAUAAACAGUUUGCUGGAAGAUGGCGGCAUAAAUAAGCAAGGGCCCGGUUCAUUGUUAGAGGA